GCAAUGGGAAGGAUUCUCUUAAGGUACGGCGUUCCCCACGCCUCAUCACAAGCUCUGGUCCCUCCCAAGUCCCAUUCCUCCCCAGCUCUCCUAGACGAAGCACGUCACGUCUUACUCCUUUGGGAGUGAAAGGUUCGUUUGGUGACGUAAGAAGUGAUGCCACUCUUCCUUCCUUCAAUGUCCUUCUCUAUUAAUCACCCCCUCACGGCCUCACCCCCUUCUGUCUGUGCUUGAUGUCCGCUCACCACCCUUGAGAUGGCAAACCCUCAAUGCGUUGCGAAUGCACCGAUCCUCAGUUCAAGCUCUGGGGAAGGGUAUGUGCAAGAAUUUGCAGGUCUCAAAACAUACAUCACCGGUUCUCCAGAUUCCAAAUUCGCAAUUCUUCUCGUCUCUGACAUUUUCGGAUAUGAAGCACCAAACUUCAGGAAGCUUGCAGACAAAGUUGCAGCUGCAGGAUACUUCGUGGUUGUUCCUGAUUUCUUCUAUGGGGACCCAUUUGAUAUGCAGAAAAAUCGUGAUGACUGGUUCGCAGCUCACGGAACGGACAAAGGAUUUGAAGAUGCGAAGCCAGUUAUUUCAGCUCUAAAAAGUAAGGGUGUAUCUGCAAUUGGUGCAGCUGGCUUUUGCUGGGGUGCAAAAGUAGUCGUGGAACUGGCAAAGUCUGAUGAGAUCCAGGCUGUAGUGAUGUUGCAUCCUUCACGUGUCACUGUCAAUGAUAUCAGAGAGGUCAAGACUCCAAUUUCUAUAUUGGGAGCUGAGAAUGAUCAUUUAUCUCCACCUGAACUAGUGAAACAGUUUGAGGAGAUUUUGUUGACAAAACCUGAGGUUAAUUUCUUUGUGAAGAUAUUUCCUGGUGUUGUGCAUGGAUGGACAGUGAGAUAUGACACAACUGAUGUAGUGGCUGUAAAGAAUGCUGAAGAGGCUCACCAGGACAUGCUAAACUGGUUUACUAAGCAUGUCAAGUAAGAAAAGGAAAGGGUGGCAGAGGUUAUGAUGCAGUGGUGCUUUCUUGGACGAGUGCGAACCCGUUUGGGAGCCCAGACCGAGAUGAACCUGAUCCAAAUCUGGCUUUCGGUUCUGUUGGAUCACUUAGAAAUUUAUUAAGUGUUUGGGUUAUUCUUGUAAUUUGCACUUUUAAUUUAUAUAAGAGUUCUCUAUUUCUAUUUUACUUUUCAAUCUUGUUUUGGAGAUAUGUAAGAAGAGUCUUUUUUUUUGUUAUGAGUAUUUCAGAGAAGAGGCAAUAAAAUGUGCUCUGUUAUGUUGAA